AUGAGGAAGGACGACAUUGUUAGGGAUAACGAAGGUAGAAUCAUUUACAGGCAACUUGUUUGCAAUAAGAAGGGCUGGAGGAAUAUGAGGUAUCUUGAUCUGGAUGAUAGAUCAAGGGAGGCAAGGCCACUCACACGAACCAAGUGUCCAACUCGGCUUAGGGUAAAUCAUGACUAUGGUUGUGGAAGAUGGAAGGGUGGAUAUCGUCAUGCUGACUUCACACGCAAAGAUUUGUACAACCACAUUGAUUGUUAUCGUAGAUCAAAAGUAAAAAAUGGGGAUGCCAAUGUGGCGAUAAAUUAUUUGAUUGGCAAGUUAAACAACGAUCCACUGUUCUUUGGAAAGUAUACUUUUACUAGUGACAAAGGGCUCGAGCAUAUUUUUUGGGCAGAUGGGCAAUCAAUUGUCGACUAUCACUGCUUUGGAGAUAUUGUUGCCUUUGAUUCAACAUACAAGAAGAAUAAAUACAAUAAACCUUUGGUCAUUUUCUCCGGAUGCAAUCAUCAUGGGCAGACUGUCAUCUUUGGCUCCGGCCUACUAUCCGACGAAACCACAAACACGUAUAAGUGGUUGUUAAAAAUAUUUGUUGAAUCGACGGGUGGAAAAAGUUCUAAAGCAGUAAUAACUUAUAGAGACCUUGCCAUGCGAGAUGCAAUCAAGAAUGUUCUUCCUGAUGCGACCCAUCGGUUAUGCGGAUGGCAUCUUCAGAGAAAUGCAUGUGAAAAUAUAAAGAAUCUUAAUUUUCUACGGGAUUUUAAGGGUCUUAUAUACGACAACAACGACCGCAGAGAUUUUGAUCGGAGAUGGGCAGCUAUUUUGGAUAAGCACAACCUUGUUGGGAGUACCUGGAUGGAAAAGACGUACGAAACUCGUGCGAUAUGGUCCCAUUGUUUCCUACGGGAUAAGUUUUUCGGGUACAUAAGAACGACGUCACAGUGUGAAGGUAUAAACUCUCUCAUCAGAUUUUAUGUUAAUCGCAAGAAUACCCUCAUUGACUUCAUGCAUGACCUGGAUAGGGCCUUAAAAAAUAUAGACACAAUGAAUUAA